CCGCCAGACGACCCGCCAUGGCUGCCCGGCCGAGACAGCGCCAGGGGUCCCGCUGCGCCCCGCGCCGCCCCGGAUCCCGGCUCGACCCUUUCUGAGAUUUAAUACUCUGACCCGGACACCAUGCCAGUGAGGAGGGGCCAUGUCGCCCCACAGACCACCUUUGUCGACAGCAUCAUUCGCAAGUUCGAGGGACUCAAUCGUCGUUUUCUGCUGGCCAAUGCGCAGGUUGAGACGUUCCCGAUCAUCUACUGCAACGACGGGUUCUGUGAGCUGGUGGGCUUUUCGCGCGCCGAGCUCAUGCAGCGCCCGGCCACCUGCGAGUUCCUGCACGGUCCGCUCACCAGCGCUCAGGCCACAGCUCACAUCAGGGAGUCCCUCGACACGCGUGUUGAGAAACAGCUCGAGAUCAUCUACUACAGGAAAGACGGAACAAAGUUUUUGUGCAGCCAGGUGACAGCGCCGAUUCGGAACGAGGAAGGAGAGAUCAGCAUGUUCAUAAUGAACUUUGAAGAUAUCACGGAUGCUCCCUACAGAGACGAUGUAAUCACGCCUUGUACCAGCCCCUUGAUGAUCUUCAAGAGAUUUCCUCAAUUAUCCCGCCAAAUUCAACGCAUGCGUCCGAGACACCACACCAAUAAUUACCAGGCAGCUGAAGACUGCAACAACUCCGAAACAGUUCCAAUACAAAACAGAGCGCGCAGCAAGUCCCUCCGCCUGUGGCUGCCCGCCCUUCUGCGCCGGAGCUCGGAGUCCCGCUGCGACCCGGAGGACGCGAUGUUGACGCCGGCUGACGCCUGCGAAGCCGUCGCCCUCGAGACCUUCGAGCCGCACCUGCGUCUGCUUGACCUGCGGCGCAAGACCAGCCUCGUUGACGCCGAUGCCGCACCGGACGGAGACGGGUACCGAGCGCAAGAUAUCCUCUGGAGGGCCUCCUCCUCCUUCAAGGAGAAGGGAAGCCUGUCGGCAGCUGUCAGCUAUCCCAACCUCAAUUGGUGCCGAAGCGAACCCACUGCAAGAAGAGCCCUAACCUUUGACUUUGGUCAUGCGAUAGCAGCGAACAACCUCUCCAAGUCCCUUCCCAACGCAUCUUCAGACUCUGAUCUCUCCAGGAUGCGGAACCAGCGGAAGUCCCCCUCCCUUAGCAAUGUCAUCUCCGAGUCCCAUUCCCGACAGAAAGAGAACAACUCGGCCAAACUCCUUCUCAAAGAGAUGCACUCGCACAAGCUUUAUAUGGGAGAGAAGGUCGCACAGGUCAGUUCGUAUCUGCAUUUUUUAAAAAUCUCUGCAGCUUACUGGCAUCAGUACACUCAGCAACACUCCAAUACUUUCAGUAUCUAA